AUGGCUUGUUCCGAUGAUCAACAACCGAAUUUCAAGCAUUUUUGCAAGGUUUGUAAGAAGGGUUUCAUGUGUGGGAGAGCUUUAGGGGGCCAUAUGAGAGCCCAUGGAGUCGGGGAUGAGAUUGAGGGUCUUGACGAUGGGGAUGAUCCGACCACCGACUGGGAUUCGUCAUUUGUUUCGUCACCGGAAAUGGAUGAGGAUGAGGAUGUGGAUGGUUAUGGGCGUCGUGGUGGUGGAAGUGGGUGGUGUAAGAGGAAGAGGUCGUCUAGGGUUUGUGCUAGCGAAAGCGAAGAAGAUAUCGCGUUGGCUAAAUGUUUAAUGGCGUUAUCAAACACUAGGGUUGAUUUGAUGGAUAUAGAGCCGGAGGGACAAAAGAGAAACCCUAUUUUCUCUCCGGUGUUUUUAUCAAAUUUUACAAAACCACCACCAUCGCGGGUGGAUAAAGCCAAAGGGGUGGUGGCAAACACCACCCCUAAAGGUAUGUUUGAAUGUAAAGCAUGUAAAAAAGUAUUUAAUUCACAUCAAGCAUUGGGUGGGCAUAGGGCGAGUCACAAGAACGUUAAAGGUUGUUUUGCAACACGAAACGACCAAUUUGAUGAAAACCUAACGGAUGAAGAUGUUAUCAUCCAUAGCGAUGUUAAACAUACAAGCACCUACCAAUCGGACCAUGAACCUAGCACGGGUUCAGUCGCAUUGGCAGGACGAAAAUCAAAGGUACAUAAGUGCACCAUUUGUAGUCGGGUUUUCGCAUCCGGUCAAGCCCUAGGUGGCCACAAAAGGUGCCAUUGGCUCACCUCUAAUUACACACCAAACAACUACAUAGGUAAGUUUAACUUCCAUGAACACAUUGAACAACUUCAUCAAAGAGCUUUAGCUAUACCUAAAGAACUCGACCUUAAACUCAACCUCCCGGUUUCUUGUAACACCACCACCACAACACGCCAGGAACCGCAAGUUCCGAUGAAUGAAAAAGAAUAUCAUAAACAUCAAGCAAACAAAAACAAUGGUGAUCUUCAUGAUGAUCAUAUUGCAACAACAACAACAAUUGAGAGUGUAGAUGGUGAAGAUGAGAAUAAGAUGAAGUUGGCUAAACUCAGUGAGUUGAAAGACAUGAAUAAUACAAAUGGGAGUUCAUCUUCAUGGUUACAAGUUGGUAUUGGUUCAGUUACUGAUGUGGCUCCUGACCCAUAA